AUGCCAACGCCAGAAGCCGGUCCAUCUCGUCUGGCGCCACCGUUCAGCCUUCAAAAUGACAAACCUAACCCCGAUCCAUCUACUGCCAACAUGGUUGGCUUUUCUGUCAAAUAUCACGGCACUUUCCUGUCAGUAAGGCUCGCUGAAGACGAGACAUUGACAGACCUCAGAGCAAUCCUGUUUUCGAUGACAGAUGUGCCGCCUGAAAGUCAAAAGCUGCUUGGCAUGGUCAAAGGCAAGCAGCCCUGCGACGAGACGCAGCUCGGCUUAAUUUCGUAUGCUCCAGCCGCACUGCGAGCCCGUCGUAGCCCAACUCAGGCCGACAAGGUCACUACCGACACUGCCGUUGCUGCUGAUCAGGCGUGUAAGAUGACGGUGCAGUUCACGCUUCUCGGCACACCGGAAGCGGACCGCCUGAAAGAGCAGGUGAUCGACAAUAUCGGGUCAAGCGACCAGGGAGAUGCAGUGCAGGACCUCGACUAUGUCGAGCUGACAAAGGCAGAACAGGCUGCGGUGGAAGCGCAUCGUGACCCAAAGAACCUCGCCAAGCUCGAAAAGACCAUCCGGCGCUUCUCUGACUUUCCGAUCAUCAACGCACCUCGACCGGGCAAGAAACUGCUGGUGCUGGAUCUCGACUACUGCAUCGCCGAUACGAAACGGCUGCUAGACGCCAACUCACCCGCCUCGUUGGCCGCUCGACCAGGGCUGCACGAGCUGCUCAGAGCUGUCUAUCCGUAUUACGACAUUUGCGUCUGGUCGCAGACGUCAUGGCGCUGGCUGGAAAUCAAGCUGGUGGAGCUCAACAUGCUGGGCAAUCCGGACUACAACAUUUCGUUCGUGAUUGAUCGAACACCCAUGUUCAAGAUUCAAUCAAAGCGAGGCACGCAUGAAGUCAAGGCGCUCGAGUUCAUCUGGCGCAGGUGGCCCGAGAUGUACGGUUGUCACAACACGAUCCACAUUGACGAUCUCGGCCGCAAUUUUGCCAUGAAUCCACUCAACGGCCUCAAGAUCAAGGCGUACAGAAAUUCUCCCAACUUUGAUACCGAGUUCGUCGCUCUGCGCAGGUAUCUGUUACAGCUGGCACAUCCAAGCGUCACCGACUUCACAAAGUAUGAGCAUAUGAGCAACGCCUGGAAGCAGUUUCAGGGACCAGAAGUGUAA